CAACGCACAGCGUAGUAUCGCGGCUGAUUUAAAAACCAAGGGUUAUCAAAGGGAUAGUGGGUUACAGAAACAGAGUUUUCUUACCGCUGUCUUGACCUCUGCCGAUCCGAACACUUCGAUAUCCCUUCAGAAAUAUACAGGCUUUACGCGAACAACACUGAGACUCUUUUUCAUUUCAAACUUGACGAUAUGGUUUUUGGAAAUGAUUUAACCCGGGAUAGUCCCGAUAUCGAGGGCUUGCUCAUGCUUAAUCCGAGAGUGAAGAACCACGCCAAUUUGGUGCCGACCAAGGUGACAAAGGGUGCACGAGCAUACUGGAAGCGUAAUGAGAAAGUGGGGUGUGGGACAUGCAGCGAUUUGACCAACAACUUUGACGACGCAAAGCAUACCACACUGAGCGAGCGGGGUGCGCUGAAGGAGUCUCUCCGCUGUCUCAAGUGUGCUGAUGCGCCCUGCCAGAAGAGCUGUCCCACUCAGUUGGAUGUCAAGCAGUUCAUCAGUAUGAUCUCCACACGCAACUUCUACGGCUCUGCGCGGGAGAUUCUGUCGGACAAUCCCCUGGGACUAACAUGCGGCAUGGUGUGUCCCACAUCUGAUCUGUGUGUGGGUGGCUGUAACCUGGAUGGUACUGAGGAGGGUCCUAUCAACAUCGGCGGAUUGCAGCAGUUCGCUGUGGAGGCCUUCAAGGCCAUGAACCUGGUGCAGAUACGUGAUCCGGCUCUGCCGCCUCUCUCUGAGCUGCCUGAUAGUUUCCAGUGUAAGAUUGCGUUGAUUGGCUGUGGCCCUGCGUCCGUUUCCUGUGGCACGUUCCUGGCACGGUUGGGCUAUUCCAGCAUCACCAUCUUUGAGAAGCAGGAGGACUACUCGGGAGGGCUGUCUGCAUCGGAAAUUCCUGAGUUCCGAUUGCCGUACGAUGUGGUGCAGUGGGAGAUCCAACUGAUGCUCGAUCUGGGGGUCAAGAUCGAGUACGGCAAGGCCCUGGGUGUGGAUUUCUCCAUCAAAUCAUUGAAGGAGGAGGACUACGAAGGUAUCUUUUUGGGGUGCGGAAUGCCCCAGCCCAAAACCAUCGCAGCGUUCCAAGGCCUGACUGAGGAGCAGGGGUACUUCAACAGUAAGACGUUCCUCCCACGUGUGUCUGCUGCGAGUAAGCCUGGCAUGUGCGGCUGCAAGAAGACAGCCCUUCCGCAACUCGGCGGCAACGUCAUCGUCUUAGGCGCAGGCGACACAGCCAUGGACUGCGCCACAUCUGCGCUGCGGUGUGGUGCAAAGCGCGUCUUCAUCGUGUUCCGAAAGGGCUUCCGUAACGUUCGGGCUGUGCCUGAGGAGAUGGAAUUGGCCAAGAAGGAACAGUGUGAGUUCAUUCCCUUCGCCAGUCCAAAUAAGGUCAUCACCGCAAAGAACGGCAGAAUUUCUGGCCUCGAGCUGUUCCGCACAGAGCAGGACGACGACGGCAAUUGGAUUGAAGACGAAGAUCAAGCGAUGCGACUCAAGUGCAACUACAUCAUCUCCGCAUUCGGUUCGACUCUCGAGGAUAAGGACAUGAUCAGUGCCAUGGCUCCCAUUCGCAUGAACAAGUGGGGUACUCCAGACGUCAACGCAGACACAAUGGCGACAUCUGCAGAGGGCGUCUACGCAGGUGGAGACAUCGCAGGCAUUGCCCAGACAACUGUCGAGUCCGUGAACGACGGGAAGAUAGACUACAUCACUGGCCUCAAGGCACUUCUGUACUUGGAGACACGCGAGGAUCUAAAGGAUUGGGACGGCCAAACACGGCCCACCCCAAAGCACCAGAAGGGCAAAGACAACCACGUGCGCGGGAAGAACGGAAACGCAUUGCCUUCAUUCGGAAAGUUCUUGGAGGAACGCAAGGACAUCAUUGCGCAGCAGAAGGUCAAGGACAAGCAAGCGCAUGAGGCAGAGGGCCCCCCUCUACCUGCCCCGAGUUUCAGACCGGCCCCAAAACCCAGGGCAGAGGUGCCUACGGUUCAGGAUAUGAUCGGGCGCUCGCUGCCAAAGAUAGGCACGUACAAUCAACUGUCCAACAAGAAGCAAGUGGUGGCACUCGUGGACGAAGACAUGUGCAUCAACUGUGGCAAGUGCUACAUGACAUGCAACGACAGCGGCUACCAGGCCAUUCGCUUUGACGCUAAGACCCAUCUGCCGAAGGUGUCGGAUGACUGUACCGGGUGCACGCUGUGUGCGUCUGUGUGUCCCAUCAUCGACUGCAUCACCAUGGUACCCAAGACCAUUCCCCACAAGAUCAACAGAGGCAUCCCCUUUGAUACAAGUGUCCCUGUGGGUAAGUAUUGA